UGCUAUGUUUUAAUUGCGCUGCAUGUGUCAUUUGGAAAUGUUUCAAAAGUCAUUGAUGCCUUUAAAACGAAUCAUUCAUUGUAAAUGUCUGCAACAUGAUCUGAUUUUAGACCGUCGCUACUGUUUGGACGGAAUAUAUGAGAAAUCAGACCACUAGCGGAAUUAUAGGUAUAUAAGAUUUCGAUUUUUUUUAAAUUUAACCUUUAUUUAACUGGGGAAGUCAAAUCUUUAUAGGACAGGUAUUUCCAUUGGCUUCCGUAGUCCUCAUACAUGCAUAGUGAAAUACCUCCGCGAUGAGAGAAAAUUAUCCAAGAGAGCUGGGGGAUAUUUAAAGUAGCGUUUGUAGAACGUCCGCAUGAUGACAUGAGCGACACGAGAGAGCGAGAGAGUGAACAUGCAGCCUUCCCAUCUCUUCUUCACCACUGAAGGACGUAGCGGCAGCUGGGCCACAUCUCUUCUUCACCACUGAAGGACGUAGCGGCAGCUGGGCCACAUCUCUUCUUCACCACUGAAGGACGUAGCGGCAGCUGGGCCACAUUGCUGCCUUCUACUGUUUUCUACCUUUUGUGUUCUGGUCGGCUCUCUCUCUCACUCUUGUUUCGCACCCACCCCAGUCCCACCCCUCCUCUUAGCAUCUCAAAAGACCACUGAGAGAGAAUCGAUGGCGCAGAGGCCCGCCUUGCUGACAGGACAAUAAAACCACAAAAGAAGAAAGGGACCUGCACUGCCUUAGUCCGCUCCGUUGUGAGAACCAGUGAUGCCCCGUCAGACCGAGGACCUGCCCCACUGUCCUGCCUCCUCAACUGGACACCGCUUUGCUGCCAACCCCCUAAUCUCCUGGAGCCUCUGGAGCUUCUGAAUCGUCAAACCCCAAGGCAGAGGUUCCCAUGAGGCCCCCCAGGAGAACUCAGCGUGACACCUCUGUAUGGGGCCUCCAGCAUAUAAAGUGCCGAAGAUGCAUCUAGAACGAGAGAGAGAACUAUGUGAUGUGACCUUCUCCUCCUCCUCUCCUUCAGUUGACAUGGAGAAUGAAGACGGGACGUGUCUACUUGAUGUUUUGUGUGAUCCCCAGGCCUUAAAUAACUUCCUUCAUGGAACCAAUGAGCUGCAGAAUGAUGACCUGCUCAUUACCUGUUCCUCUGGAGAGCCUUCCUCCCUCUUCACUGACACCCCGAGCCCAAUGUCUCUGUUGGCAGAUGACAUCACCACCUCGCAGGACAUCCCCCCUGCAGAAUGCGUUGACCUGUCCUUCCUGGAAGAGGCUCUACUGGGGGGGUCCCCCGAGGGAGGGGGGGAGAAAAGAGAAGAGGAAGAGCAGGAGGAAGAGGAAGUUCCACCCUGUGACAUUCUCCAGCAGAGUCUUCAGGAGGCUGACAUCACAGAGCACACUAUGGCACAGGAGGCGGGGCUCGGCCAACCAGGGUCUGGGGAGGGCCACACCCUGUCUCUCUACACACCUGGCCCCCCACUCCUCCUCCCUCCUGCUGCCGUGCCGUUCCUCUCCAAAACCCUAGCCUUCCCUCACCCUGGCCCCCCCACCCUGCAACACAGGGACACCCAGGCUGCGGUGGAGCCUCCCCAACCAUCCCUGCUGGCCGUGGGACCAGGCUGCCCCUCCUUGAAGCCUGCUGCUCCCCAGCUGAUGGGCCUCCUCCCUGGGAACAUCUUUCCCGCACCCCCACCAGAGACUUCCUUCUCCCUGACCCCAGCACAGGCCUCCAACAGCUCAUUUUCCCUCAUCCAGAAGGCAGUUCCUAGCCUGACAGGGCGCCCCCUACUGGCCCCAACCCUCAGAGCGGCUGCAGUUCCCGGGAUUUUUCUCCAGAGAGGGCCCCUGCAAAUCCAGCACAAGCUGCCUAUCAACAUCCAACCGCGACUUGUUCAGAUCAGCCCUAAGCCUCCUGACCCUGGUUGUCCUGGUCAGAAACCCUCCCCAGGUCUCACCUUCCUCCCUGGGACGCCCUCGUCAAACAUCCUUCUGUCCCCCCGUCCUCCCCAGCCCAAGCCUGCCCAACACCUCACUGCCCCCCACCUCACCAAGCCCCAGCCUGUCAGCCUGCAGCUGGUCAACCAGGGAGGAGGCUCCUUCCUGAUCCAGCCUCAGGGUCUCUUCCAUGGCCAGAAUCAGUUCCUCCUGCCCGCCCAAUCCCCUGUCACCCUGUCCCAGCUCCCUGGCCAAUCCCCUGUCACCCUGUCCCAGGUGCCCGCACAAUCCCCUGUCACCCUCUCCCAGCUCCCUGGCCAAUCCCCUGUCACCCUCUCCCAGCUCCCUGGCCAAUCCCCUGUCAACCUGUCCCAGCUUCCUGGCCAAUCCCCUGUCACCCUGUCCCAGCUGCCCGCCCAAUCCCCCGUCACCCUGUCCCAGCCUGGCGGUUCCGCACGGCCCCUGUUCACCUCUGGCCACCAGGGAGCAACGGUCCAGUCUGUCCAGGGUAUGACACCCUCCAUGGGCCACCACCUGGUAGAUGGGUCCCAGAUCCUGACGGCCGUGCCCCACCACAGACAGCUCAACUUCAACCCCCACACAGUCUUCAGCACCACCUCAACAGGCCAGCUCUCCCUCCGCCAGGGAACCCUGCUCUCCGGGCCCCUGCAGUUGCAGUCAGGGUCCCCUACUGUCUUCCAGAUGCCAGCCCAGUUGACGGGUGCCUACAAUCCCCAGGGGCCCCAGGGACAAGGGUGUCCAGGCCAGCAUGCCACCCUGCUCCAUAGCCCUGCUCUAGGGAGCCACAUCACCCUGAUGCACUCUGGGAUGCAGCUCACCUCAACCCACCCAGACAGUCACAUGACCUCCAUUUCCAUCCUCAACACCACCCCUCCUGCUGUAGUACAGGGCCUGCCCUUCACCCCCCAGACCUCCAGAUCCCUAGGGGGCGUUACAGAGGGACAGAUCAGUGUUCAGCAGGCGUCUGUAGUGUUGCUGCCUGACAGAGCUGGCCAUGAGGAGAGGAGGGAAGAAGCGACGUCCCCACACCUGCCUCAGUCGACAAGGCACCUUUUCCAGCAGCAUGCCUCUCUCCAACCCUUCACCGCCAGUCUCCAGUCCACUUCUCCCCCUGUAAUGACCCUCUUACAGACCCCGCUGGAGGCCCCACAGGCCCUGGACCCACCUGGUAUGCUACCCAAAUACCUGCUAGACCAAGUUGGGACGUUACACAAACACCUGCUGGACCCGGUCGGGACGUUACCCAAACACCUACUGGACCCGGUCGGGACGUUACCCAAACACCUGCUGGACCCGGUCGGGACGUUACCCAAACACCUGCUGGACCCGGUCGGGACGUUACCCAAACACCUGCUGGACCCGGUCGGGACGUUACCCAAACACCUGCUGGACCCGGUCGGGACGUUACCCAAACACCUACUGGACCCGGUCGGGACGUUACCCAAACACCUACUGGACCCGGUCGGGACGUUACCCAAACACCUGCUGGACCCAGUCGGAACGUUACCCAAACACCUACUGGACCCGGUCGGGUCGUUACCCAAACACCUACUGGACCCGGUCGGGUCGUUACCCAAACACCUACUGGACCCGGUCGGGACGUUACCCAAACACCUGCUGGACCCGGUCGGGACGUUACCCAAACACCUGCUGGACCCGGUCGGGACGUUACCCAAACACCUACUGGACCCGGUUGGGUCGUUGCCUAAACACUUGCGGGACCAGACGGAGACAGGGACAAAACCAGGGGUGGAGAAGGUUCACAGCCCCAUCCAGGCCUUCAUCCAUCAUCUACAACAGCAAGCACUUACCCCUCCCAAUCCCUCCCCAUCACCUGAGAUCCUGGCUGGGACUGUGUCAGUGGAGGAUCACACUGUCUCCGCUGUGGCCAGUGAGAUGGAGGAGGCCUCUCCACCCAGCCAGCCAGCAGUUCUAGGACAGGCAGGAGCCCAGUCUGCGAUGCCUCUCAGCCCUUGUGUGUUGGUGGCCUAUCCAGCUUCACUACACCCAUCUCCUACCCUGCUAUGCCACUCUCCUACCCUGCUAUGCCAAUCUCCUACCCUGCUAUGCCAAUCUCCAUCUGAGCAGGGUUUAGUGAGAACACUCCCGAAUGGGCAGGGCUUAGGGUCCACACCCUUUACUAGGCAGGGCUUAGGGUCAACACCCCAACAAGACAGUUUAUCUUCCCCACCAAGUGGGGCCACCUCCCGGGGACUGGCUGGAUCUGGAUCUGGGUCUGGAAGUGCCGUCCCUCAAACCCAGACUGCAGUUUACAGAAGCCCCUCCCCUCUGCCUGUCAGCGCCUCCCCCCAGCUCCAGACUGCAGUGUUCAGAAGCCCCUCCCCUCUGUCUGUCAGCACCUCCCCCCAGCUCCAGACUGCAGUGUUCAGAAGCCCCUCCCCUCUGCCUGUCAGCGCCUCCCCCCAGCUCCAGACUGCAGUGUUCAGAAGCCCCUCCCCUCUGCCUGUCAGCACCUCCCCCCAGCUCCAGACUGCAGUGUUCAGAAGCCCCUCCCCUCUGCCUGUCAGCACCUCCCCCCAGCUCCAGACUGCAGUGUUCAGAAGCCCCUCCCCUCUGCCUGUCAGCACCUCUACUCAGCUCCUGACUGCAGUGUUCAGAAGCCCCUCCCCUCUGCCUGUCAGCACCUCCCCCCAGCUCCAGACUGCAGUGUUCAGAAGCCCCUCCCCUCUGUCUGUCAGCACCUCCCCCCAGCUCCAGACUGCUGUGUUCAGCAACCCCAGCCCCUCUCCUCUACCUGUCUGUGUGCAUCAGCAGCAGCCUGACCCCCUCCUAGUGCAGCCUGACCCCCUCCUAGUGCAGCCUGACCCCCUCCUAGUGCAGCCUGACCCCCUCCUAGUGCAGCCUGACCCCCUCCUAGUGCAGCCUGACCCCCUCCUAGUGCAGCCUGACCCCCUCCUAGUGCAGCCUGACCCCCUCCUAGUGACUCCCAGCUCCUAUGGAGAACAGGCUAACCAGCACCGUGCUGUCCAACAGCACACAAAGCAAAGCAAACCACCAGCUGCCUUGGCCAUGGAUGUGGAGGGUAAAGCCUUUACUCUUGAUGUCCAUCCACCUUCUCCCAGACCCCAGUGGCCACUAGGCCCCCACACAGUCCAGGGGCCCAACACAGUUCGGUGGCUCCACACUGUCCAGGAGCCACAGUACGACCAGGGGCCCCAAUCCCACAGAGAGCAGGACCAGUGGCUCAGAGCAGUUCAGACAGCCCAACAGUCAAAGACAAAGGUGUCCGGUCCUGUGGCGAAGGAGAGGGAGCAGAGACUGACUGAUGCAAUGUGCAGGCUCCAGCAGCAGCUGUGUCAGGACCAGGGACCGGUCCAGAGCCCUUACAUCUGUUCUCCCUUCUCCUCAUUGGGGGAGGCUGUGACACACCUGUUACCAUACCACACCUGUGCCGGACACCUGCCUAGUCAGGACGACUUCAAUUUAGUGGACAAGCAGUUUGACACUGUGUCAGGGUUUCUACUGAAACGCACCAAGGACAUGCUCAACAAAUACAGACAGCUACUGCUGGGGGAGGCACUGCAGGUGAUGCCGUCGGCAGAGAUGGUGAUGCUGGAUCGUCUGUUCCUCCAAUCAGAGAGGUUUUCCCUGGGGGAGGACCGGCACAGGGCCCGUAGAGACCCAGAGUCCUUCCUGAUGACCCUGCAUGCAUCUGAGUCCUCCAGCUCCAGGUCAUCCCGUGUGGGGCUGGAUCGGUCUGGUAGCCCCCCCUCCCCCCCGGCUUGGACCAGACUCUCCGACCGACCCCCGGGACUCAGGACCUACCACUCCACCAGCCGCGGAGGCCUUAGGCUCACCAUCAAACACAAGGCUGGAUCCAGGAUGGUGGUUCACAACUCAGCCUGUGACACCGUGCACGCUACCGCCCCCUCUGGCCACAAGCGGUACCACACCGGCCAACUGAUCAAUGGGAGUGGUGAUCUGACUGAGCAGGGCUCCUCCCAUAGGACCUCCUGCCAUCCAAUCGAUGAGAUGUCGAACGGAGCCCUGCCCUCCAAAGCAGUAGAGGACAUCCCACACGGUCACCAUAGUGACAGCAGGGAAUCUGUAGUACAGAUUCAGACAGCAGCACUGGGUUCACAAUAUAUACGUUCCCCAAACUCCCUUACUAUGCCGAGCUUAGACCCACAGACUGCCUGUCUAGAGCCUCCCUCUCCAGACCCUGGAGAGAUGAGUACCCCCAAACUGAAACGCUUCAGGCCCACGCUUCCGGACCUCCCAUCCCAGGCGGACAGGCACAGCUACAGGCCCCAGCCUUUUCCCCAGACCAGCGACAGGCCCCAGCCUCUUCCCCAGACCAGCUACAGGCCCCAGUACAGGCCCCAGCCUCUUCCCCAGACCAGCGACAGGCCCCAGCCUCUUCCCCAGACCAGCGACAGGCCCCAGCCUUUUCCCCAGACCAGCGACAGGCCCCAGCCUUUUCCACAGAUCAGCUACAGGCCCCAGCCUUUUCCACAGACCAGCGACAGGCCCCAGCCUCUUCCCCAGACCAGCUACAGGCCCCAGCCUUUUCCCCAGACCAGCGACAGGCCCCAGCCUUUUCCCCAGACCAGCGACAGGCCCCAGCCUUUUCCCCAGACCAGCGACAGGCCCCAGCCUUUUCCACAGACCAGCGACAGGCCCCAGCCUUUUCCCCAGACCAGCGACAGGCCCCAGCCUUUUCCCCAGACCAGCGACAGGCCCCAGCCUCUUCCCCAGACCAGCGACAGGCCCCAGCCUCUUCCCCAGACCAGCGACAGACCCCAGCCUCUUUCCCAAACUAGCUACAGGCCCCAGUCUCUUUCCCAGACCAGCUACAGGCCCGAGGCUAGUCCUAGUCCCCAACCCCCCCUGCCAGAGGACAACACCCUCAGUGAACACCUGCAGAGUGCCAUCGACAGCAUCCUGGAACUGCAGCGCCUGCAGGGUCCCACGGCUGCAGUCCAGCCCCGGAUCCAGGGGGCAUGCCCGGCUGCAGGCCCCGCCUCCCUACUGGACCAGACCAUCACUAGCAUCCUACAAGGAAACCUCUAGACUAGAGACUCCUGAGAGGGACACCUGGAGGGGAAAGAUCUCAGCUUGUUUCAAAACGUUCUGGUUUAACCAAGCUAGGAGGACGAGGGGUAGACUAGGCACAAAAAAACAACAGGAAAUGCAGAGAAAUUUACACCAAGCAUUAUCUUCUAGAUACUUCAUUUGAUGUACAUGUGAGAUUAAAUCUAAUUCAGUAGGAGAUAUACCGUGUCAGUGGUAGUUUGAGGAUCACGACGCCAGGUGUAACCGAACCGUCAUCAUAUUUAUAAGUAACAGUGAGAAACAGAGCAACAGACUGAGAUUAUUCAUUUUAUACUUUUGUUUAAAAAAAAAAAAAAUAUGUUCAAAUGUGAAUUAUUAUUAUUUUUUGCUUUAUAUAUUACUAAGAAAAUCCUAUACAGUGUAUUAUUUCAAUAAUCUGUGCCAACUGUUUUAAAAUGUGAUUAUUGGGUUUCUGAAGAGCAGGAAAGUUGUCUUCGUGUGAAUCUCUGUGCCUGGGGGUAGAUGGUGAGUUUGAGUGAGUCAGUGUUUUUAGGAACAUUGUGAAUGACCUGAUGAUUCUUUCUUUCAACAUAACGGUUUAACCCCAAACGGACAGACUGUCGAACCCCAAAGAAACUUAUGUUCAUCUGGGGUGUAUUCACUACGAACAAGCGGAAGCAAAACACGGGAGGGGAAACACCUACCUGACUUCUGUCCAAUAGAACCUCUUGUUUCGGUUGCAAAAUGUUUUCUGUUGCAAAAAAACAAAACGUUUUGCUGUGGUGUGCACUAAUGAAUACACCCCUGAAUACACCAGCAAAAAUGGCAACUUUGCAUCUCUGAAUGUAUCCCAUACAUUCACACAGGAGCCUGUCAAGAGUCACAGCGAAAAGAGAAGAGAUCUGACGCAGGGUGUGAAAGAUAGUCCUGCUUUUCGAGAAAAAGAAAAAUGGACGUUUUUUCAUUCACGCUGGAUUCUAACUGUGAUUUGAAUGUCUUUUCUUUUGGUUAAAAGAUGAGAACAGAUCCCAAACUUCUUAACAAGCAAGCAAUAAGAGGAGAGGGUUUCUGCGUGAGGGUUCUGUAGUGUAGUGAGAGGUCUACAGGUCUCCAAGUACGUCCAAAAUGACACCCUUAUUCCCUAUCAAAACUAGUGUACUACAUAAGUAAUAGGAUGCCAUUUGGCACACGCCCGGCACCAGAGACGGACCGGAGCUCACCUGCAUCGUCUACCAGCCUUGGACCAAAAACUAGGAGAAUCAUCAGCUUUAUACAGUUGAAGUAGGAAGUUUACAUACAACCUUAGCCAAAUACAUUUAAACUCAUUUUUUUUUUUUUUUUUUUACAAUUCCUGACAUUUAAUUCUAGUAAAAAUUCCCUGUUUUAGGUCAGUUAGGAUCACCACUUUAUUUUAAGAAUGUGAAAUGUCAGAAUAAUAGUAGAGAGAAUGAUUUAUUUCAGCUUUUAUUUCUUUCAUCACAUUCCCAGUGGGUCAGAAGUUUACAUACACUCAAUUAGUAUUUGGUAGCAUUGCCUUAAAAUUGUUUAACUUGGGUCAAACGUUUCGGGUAGCCUUCCACAAGCUUCCCACAAUAAGUUGGGUGAAUUUUGGCCCAUUCCUCCUGACAGAGAUGGUGUAACUGAGUCAGGUUUGUACGCCUCCUUGCUCGUACACACUUUUUCAGUUCUGCCCACAAAUUUUCUAUGAGAUUGAGGUCAGGGCUUUGUGAUGGCCACUCCAAUACCUUGACUUUGUUGUCCUUAAGCCAUUUUGCCACAACUUUGGAAGUAUGCUUGGGGUCAUUGUCCAUUUGGAAGACCCAUUUGCGACCAAGCUUUAACUUCCUGACUGAUGUCGCUUCAAUAUAUCCACAUAAUUUUCCUGCCUCAUGAUGCCAUCUAUUUUGUGAAGUGCUCCAGUCCCUCCUGCAACAAAGCACCCCCACAACAUGAUGCUGCCUCCCCCGUGCCUCACGGUUGGGAUGGUGUUCUUCGGCUUGCAAGCCUCCCCCUUUCUUUUCCAAACAUAACGAUGGUCAUUAUGGCCAAACAGUUCUAUUUUUGUUUCAUCAGACCAGAGGACAUUUCUCCAAAAACUACGAUCUUUGUCCCCAUGUGCAGUUAGAAACCGUAGUCUGUUUUUUUUAUGGUGGUUUUGGAGCAGUGGCUUCUUCCUUGCUGAGCGACCUUUCAGGUUAUGUCGAUAUAGGACUCGUUUUACUGUGAAUAUAGAUACUUAUGUACCUGUUUCCUCCAGCAUCUUCACAUGGUCCUUUGCUGUUGUUCUGGGAUUGAUUUACACUUUGACUUGUGGAGGUCUACAAAUUUUCUCCUGAGGUCUUGGCUGAUUUCUUUUCAUUUUCACAUGAUGUCAAGCAUGAGUUUGAGUUUGAAGGUAGGCCUUGAAAUACGUCCACAGGUACACCUCCAAUUGACUCAAAUGAUGUCAAUUAGCCUAUCAGAAGCUUCUAAAGCCAAGACAUAAUUAUCUGGAAUUUUCCAAGCUGUUUAACGGCACGGUCAACUUAGUAUAUGUAAACUUCUGACCCACUGGAAUUAUGAUACAGUGAAUUAUAAGUGAAAUAAUCUGACUGUAAACAAUUGUUGGAAAAAUGAUGUCAUGCACAAAGUAGAUGUCCUAACCGACUUGCCAAAACUUUAGUUUGUUAACGAGACAUUUGUGGAGUGGUUGAAAAACGAGUUUUAAUGACUCCAACCUAAGUGUAUGUAAACUUCAGACUUCAACUGUAUAUUACUCUGAAUUAGGCUGUUUAUGUUUAUCCUGUAUGUUCAAGGCUGAAUAAUUACUUAAGACACAAAUGUGGGGUAAAAAAACAACGUAAAAGCAGUCACUGUUUGGCUUGUACACUUGACAAUCUAUCAUUCAUGUGGGGUAGUGUUACACAUUUUCAAUACUGUUUUUAAUUGAGAUGUUUGUCUUUAUAAUAUGUCUACCAGUACUCUAUUGACCUCUAAACUGAGAGCCCUGAAUAUGUGAAAGUCAAAGCAAUGCAUUUUCUGUGUGUAAACUUUUACUCCGGAAACCAUUUAAGAGAAUUGGGGGAAAUUCACCUUUUGGUAGUUCAGGGUUUUUAAAAUCACACACAGUUCCACUGUAUUGAACAAAAUGUGAAAUCUGGUAUGCAGUAAUAUUGUUUAUACUACAGUGCUGCUAGGCAACGCGAUAAUUCAGUAGUUCAUAGUGAUACCAACAGGAGGAAUUGAUCGAUCCAAGGCUUUUUAUACCAACAGGGGGGGGGGAAUUGAUCGAUCCAAGGCUUGUUAUACCAACAGGGGGGGAAUUGAUCGAUCCAUGGCUUGUUAUACCAACAGGGGGGGUACUGAUCGAUCCAAGGCAUGUUAUACCAACAGGGGGGGUACUGAUCGAUCCAAGGCAUGUUAUACCAACAGGGGGGGUAUUGAUCGAUCCAAAGCUUGUUAUACCAACAGGAGGGGGUACUGAUCGAUCCAAGGCUUGUUAUACCAACAGGGGGGGUACUGAUCGAUCCAAGGCUUGUUAUACCAACAGGGGGGGUACUGAUCGAUCCAAGGCUUGUUAUACCAACAGGGGGGGAAUUGAUCGAUCCAAGGCUUGUUAUACCAACAGAGGGAUUUGAUUGGUCCAAGGCUUGUUAUACCAAGAGGGAUUUGAUUGGUCCAAGGCUUGUUCAGUAAAUUCCAUCUAUAGAGCUGACGUGAUUCUAGCUGCUCUUUUCUAUACCGACCCAAAAAAGAUAAAUUGCAACAUGUAAAAGGUGUUGGUCUCAUGUUUCAUGAGCUGAAAUAAAAGAUCCCAGAAAUGUUCCGUAUGCCGGAGUAUUUCUGUCUGAAAUAAAAGCUCUUUUGUGGGAGAAAAACUCAUUCUGAUUGGCUGGGCCUAGUUUCCCACGUGGGUGUGCCUGGCACCCCAGUGGGUGGGUUUAUGCCUUCAAGGCCCAUCCAUGGCUGGACCCCUGCCAAGUCAUGUGAAAUCCAUAGAUUAAGUCGAACUUAUUUCAAUUGACUGAUUUCCAUAUAUAAAACAUAGUAGAAUCAUUUGACAUCUUUGCAUUUAUAUAUUUUUUGUUCAGAAUACAUAGCAUAUUUCCAUCUGAAACGUGCCUCACGUUCAUAGUUGUGUCCUCAAGACAUUCCACUGUUACGUCUGUUGAGCAGCACUGAACCAAACAAAAACGUUUUUUUACUGUUUUGAAUUGAAGAACAUUUGGGGCAAAUGAGGGAAUUUCUGCUGGUUGAGCCAUUUUUUUGUAACGUAUUUUUGUUUGUUGUUUUGACUGAACUGCAAAACUAGAAGGUGUGAUUAGACAGCCCAUAAGGCCCUGGUCAAAAGUAGAGCACUGUACAAGGGAAAAAAAGGGGUGUACAUUUGAGACAGCACCAUGUUAUAUACCGAUUCAACACAAAAAGACAGAAACCAUUUGACUAACAGAUUGUUUUUAAUGGCAAUAUCAAGAGGCCUUAACACCACAACAGGGGAUUGUAGAAACUUCAUUAAUGUGGACAACAUCCAACUAAAAGACUCCUGGGAGCUAAACGACAUGAGAAGCGAUUCGUUCAUUUACAAAAUGUAAAAGGACAACGCUUUUGUACAACAUUUUUUUUACAGACUAUUAAAAAUGAUUUUGUAUUAAAAACAA